AUGUACUUUUCUUUACGUGAUAAAGAUUUUUUACCUCGAAUGGAAUCUUUACAUACGUUUACCUUUGUUAAAUCACUAAAAUGGCAUUCAAGUGAAGAAUGGACAUUAGUUAAUGUAUUGACAGCUUCUAAAGUUAUGCCUGUUUUACGACGAAUGAAUUUUUCUAUUGUUAUUGAUAUUAAUGAUCUGAAUCAAAUGAAUAAUUCAGCUCUCUUUGAUGACGAUCGUCAUAUAGAUGUUCAUUAUGUUUUUAUGAUUAGUGAUAACCGAGAACAUUUUGAACUUAAUCAAUAUGUGCCACAUGGUAGUUUGUCUCAUUCUCGUCAAAUAGUCAGUGCAACAUUUAUUUCUGAAUGUUGGACUCUUGAUUCAACGAUCAAAAAUCAUGAUGAAAUUUAUUUGGAGAAACCUAGAAAUCGACAACAUCUAUUCUAUACUUUGCCGUGGAUUUUUGAUGAAUUUUUUCAAUUAUGUCUUCCAGAUAGAUAUAUUAGUCAAUUACAAGUUUUUACAUCACCUUCUCCAGUUAAUACAGUUGCUCCUUCACGUCUUCGUAAACUCAAUAUAUCAAAUAAUUUUCCAUCAUUGGCUAUUUCUUUUCCUCACAUAAUAUCCUCGAACCAAGUGGCUGAACUUCAUUUAUCACGAUGUGAUAGACAAACAUCUGUAAAUUUACCUACUUUUGAUUAUCUUAUUAUUACAGACAGUCUUGAUUCAUUGAAUAGUUGUUUUUUUUCAAUAAAUAUUCGAUCUAUUCAAAUUACUCUUAAUCAUGAACAUCUUCAUCUUGCAAGAAACGAUUGGAAUGAUUUGCCGACUCUUUCUACUUUACCGUUCUUGAAGUCUUUACGUAUACUUUUAUAUGGUAUGAAUAUUCCACCAAAUGAUACAACUUGUCAAAUUAUUGCAGAAACAGCAUCAACGAUCUCUGAUUUUUGCUUUUGUUUUCGACGUAAAAAUCAUCAAAAUCGUCGUAACUUUGAUGGGGCGCAUACUAAACAAUCUUUAUUCAUUAAACAACUACGGAAUAACAUUCUUGCUUUACCACUGAAUGAAAAACCGCAGAUUGUUGUUGAGAAGGAUGGUUAUGGACUUAUUGCGUGGUUUUGA